GCCGGGCGCGCCAUGGCGGCGGGCGGCCGCGGGCAGCGGGACCUGCUGGCCCUCAUCCACCAGCACCUGCUGCGCGGCGGCUACGCCCGCGCGGCCCGCGAGCUGCAGGCGCAGCUGGGCCAGAAGUUGCUUCCUUCCCUGACGACCUCUCUGGAGGAGAUCUUCACCCACUGGCAAAAAACUCCCUCGAAUUCCAGGAGAAGAAAGGUGAGUGAUGUGGAGGCAGUGAUCCCAGAAAAGAUCAGAGUUCCUGAUCCCGUGAGCAGCUCUGAGAGCUCAGAGAAAGAAGAGGAUGAGAAAGAGAACACACAAGCUGUCAAGGCCAGCAUUCCCCUGGUCACAAACUCAGCAGUGAAUGUAGAAAGCAGUGAGGAUGAUGACUCUUCAUCAGAAGAAGAGACACCGGCUGGAAAAGAUGCAAUUACAGUGAAGCCAGCUGUGGUUAGUGGCAAAGCUGCCAACUCACUGCAUUCUCCUAAUAAAACCACUGCACCGGCGGACAAGGCAGUGGUGGCCUCUGCUGUGCACAGAACUGUGGUCUCAAAUAAGCAGAAACCCAAUGUGCCAGCUGUAUCUGCACCUCUGGCCAAGGCUGGGCAAAAGCUGGCCAGUCCUGAGAAGCUGGGACAUGGAGUAGCAGCCCUGGGCAAAGUAGGUCAGAGCAAAGCACCGGUAGCGACAAAUGCACCGGAGAGCUCUGACAGCAGCAGCUCGUCAGAGAGUGAAGAAGAAAAGGAAGCACCAGCAGCGAAUUCAACAGCCCCCAAAGCAGAGCUGAAGCAGGCAGCUGAGGCGGCUGAGAGUAGCAGUGAGGAAUCAAGCGAUGAGACAUCUUCUGAGGAGGAGCUCACAACUCCAGCAGUUCAGGCAAAACCAGAUGCAAAAGCAGUGCAGAGUAAUGCAGCACCUGUGAAAAGCGUGACUGCUGAUCCAGUGUCCGCAAAGAAGAACGCAUUAAAGCAAACAGCAGUGGUACCAAACCAGGCCAAGCUCGGAUCAGCAACGGUUCUUGGGGCUGCGAAGCCUGAUGACAGUUCAGAGAGCAGCGACUCAUCAGACAAUGAAAAUGAGGAACCUGCAUCAGUAACCCAAACAAAGCCACCUCCAAAAUCGUCCCAGGCCAUCCCAUCCCCAGUGAAACCCACACCGGCAGCAUCACUCUCAAGCAAAGCAGCUUCAGCAAAAACACUUCCAUCAGCCCAAGGGAAGCCAGCACCGAAACCAGCAGUGCCAAAGCAGGGCAAAACAGGACUGGAAAGGACUGCUGUUCCCACAAAGCCUGCUGAAAGUACGAAGCCAGUGGAGAGCACUGACUCUUCAGGCAGUGAAGAUGAGAAUCUCCGUGUGCCUGUCAGCCAGAAGAGAUUAACAGAACAGCCUGGACACAUUCCCAGCCUGAGCCAGGCUACUAAAGUUGGGGGACCUGAAAAGGCAGUGGGAGGCACCUUGAAAAGCCAGACCUCAGAAAGUGGGAGCAGUGACUCGUCUGACAGUGAAGAAGAUGCUCCUGUGGCACAGAAACAGCCUACACCAGCUGUGAAAACCAACGCUGUGCCCAAGUCAACAAGUGGGAAGAAGGCACAAGCUCCAGCCCCGGUGCCAGCCCCAGCCCCUCCGCCUGCAGAGAGCAGUGAUGAUUCCAGUGAGGAGUCAUCAGACUCAGCGGAGGAAGUUAUCCCCCCUUCACAGAGUCUGUCACAGCAGAACAUCAAACCAAGCAAGGCUGUAAGUACAGCGGCUGCCAAGGCUAAUGCCACACUGCCUUCAGGAAAGGGGAUAAAAGCACCUGCUGUCCCACCAGCUUGCAGAAUAUCUGAGAGCUCGAGCAGCGAUUCCUCAGAGAGUGAUGUGCUUGUAGGAGAGGUUCUUCCUCCUCCAUGCCUGAAGCAGACUACUCCCACGGGGAAAGCUCCUCCAGCCGACACUGCUGCUCUGCAGGCUUCUUCGGUCCUGAGAAAUCCCACUGCCGUGCCGAGGAAGCCAGGUCUGCAGCCUGCCCAGGACACCAAGCCGAGCCAGGCCACACUGCCCACCCAGGCAGAGGAGACUUCAGACAGCAGUAGUUCUUCUGACAGUGAUGAGGAAGAGAUACCCAAGCAACUCCCCAAACCUGCAGGUGUGCUGCAGAAACCAGGAGGGACUGAGCCAGCCCACAGCUCCUCCUCAGAGUCCAGCGAGGAAGAAGGGACAGCGUCACAGUCCCUACUCACAGGCUAUCUGGGCCUCUCCGAGGUCCCCACAGCACCUCAGAUACCAAAGACGGUUCCCUCCUCGCCUGGAGGCAAAGCAGGGCAAGGGAAAGCAGCAGUGCCUGCUGCUAACCCCCUCGCCAAGGCCUCUGUAACAGCAGCCCCAGGCGACAGCUCCAGCAGUGACUCCGACACAGAUGCCGAGCAGUUGCCUGCAGACCACAAAGCAGAAAACAAACCCCCUCUGGGGCAGGAAGCCACGGGACCUUCUGGCAAAGAGAAGGCAGCAGGGAAGACAGCACCAACUCAUGCCAGUGUCAAAGCUUCCCCAGUCAAGAAGGCCCUAGCAGUGAAGCAAAAUGACAUUGGGGCAAAAGGGACACAAGCGACCCCAUUAUCAUACACGCUGCUCUCCAUCCCAGAGUCAGAGGAGUUGAGCUCAGGGAGUGAAAGCGAGGUUACCACUGCUGCCAAAAUCCCUGCAGUGCAAACACUGGGAGGGUUGGAAGAGAAGAAAAAAAAGGAGAAAAAGGGGAAGAAGGAAAAGAAGAAGCCCUCCUCCACGGCAGACAAGGCUGUGAAAACACUCAAGAGCAAAGACAAAGAGAACAAGAAGCAGAAAGCUUCUCAGAAGCGGAAACUGCCCAGAGAGGAUGAAGCUGUUGGGCAGCCCAAGGAGAAGAAGCGGAAAGGGCAAGCUGGUGAAGAAGUGCCCAAAAAGAAGAAGAAAAAAGCUGCUGGUGACCCAGAAAAGCUAUCAGGGAGCAAGGAGAAGAAAAAAUCCAGUAAAAAAAAAAAGAAUGAAAAAGAAAAGAAGAAGAAGAGCAAAAAAGUGUCUUCAGAAGGGGAGCCGAUAGCAGAUGGCUCUGCUGAAGUUCACAAGAAGAAGAAGAAGAAGAAGAAAACAGCUGAGUCUCAAGAAUUGUUGUAAGAAGGUACCGUGGCCCUGUGAUUAAGGAUUUAUGAGUGAAGAUCAAGCAGAAGAGAGGAAAAGGAAGCCCAUCAGGAGAAUUCGAAUUUUCUUUCUUUUUUUUUAAUAGUAAUUUAUAACUCCUUCUUUUAACUGUGACUUUUAGAGCAGAGUGGUGUAACUUUCUGCCUCCUCCUGUCCUGCUGGGGCCUGGAGAAGUGUUUUAUCGCCCCUCCUGACGGCUCACCUGUUGCACUAUAACUGAACUAAAGGAAGCAGUUUGACCAGAGAACAGUCAGCUUGCAUAAACUGCUUUCCUCCUAGUUGACACCCAGCCAUCUCUUUUUCUCUCUCUUCACAGAGCUAUAUUUUUAAGAGAAACUUUUACUUUUUUUUUUUUUUUUGGUCCCCUUCUUCCUGUGAUUUGUGGUGUUGGUCUUUUUGCUACCUAUGGAAGAGAGCUCUUGGGUUUACUUUGUAUUCUGACACUGACAACGAUUAUCCCAUCCUUGGAGUUGUGCUGCACAGCUGUGUCCAGCAGCUGUUCUCAGCCAAGGCUGCAUAAUUUUUUGUGGGUUUUUUAUGGAAAACAUAAUAAAAGAGAAAUGGUGAGA